UCUUGGCCCGUAAAAUAUUUUUAUUUCAAAUACACCCCAAAAAAAAUCAAAAACGCACACACACAGUCGUAAAAUGGAGAAAACACCAUCCCGAACGAAAUCCGCCACAAGGCUGUCGAAGCUCCGCCACUACAGCGGAUCACCAAUCCCAAAACUCUCUCUAGAAAUCGUCGUCCCUGAUAUAUCAACGCCGCCGUCAACUAUCUCCCCAACCCUAAAACCCCCUUACACUCUACCGCUCCACGAUUUCUUAAUGUUUUCCCCUUCCGCUUCCCCUUCUUCUCUCAAGAGAUCCAAAACCCGCCGCCUUGAAAUGGCUGAUGACUCCGCCGCCGCCACCGCCGCCGCCGCCGCCGGAGGAGCAAUUGAGGCCUUUGGAUUGAGGAAGAGAUGCAAGAGCCGGAAUUCGCCCAGGGGUAAUCGGAGGUCUAGGCGAAGGACAGAGCAAGAUCUGGAUAAGGAUCUCGUUGUCGUUGUCGCCGGCGAUGAAAUUUCCGCGAAACCGAGAAAAAAGAGGCACAUUGAAAAAUCUACAAAGGCUAAAUCGCCGGGAAUAAAUGAUGGUGGUGAUGGGUGCAAUCUGGAUGCGAUAGGGGAGAUUCUGAAUGACUUGGUUAUGUGGAAAGACGUCUCGAAAUCGAGCCUUUGGUUCGGUUUCGGCUCCCUCUGUUUUCUGUCUUCUUGUUUCACAAAGGGUGUCAAUUUUAGCAUUUUCUCGUUCCUAUCUCAAGCGGGGCUUCUGCUAUUGGGAGUUUCGUUCUUCUCCAAUUCGAUGCGUCCCAAGGACGCGAGCGAGACUAAUCGCGAUUUCAAGUUGAAAGAAGAUGAUAUACUUCGAGUUGCAAGAUUGAUAAUGCCGGCUGCGAAUCUUGCGAUUUCGAAGACAAGACGAGUCUUUUCAGGGGAACCAGCCAUGACCCUUAAAGUGGUUCCGUUUUUACUCGUGGGAGCAGAGUAUGGCCAUCUUAUUACACUUUGGAGAUUAUGUGCACUUGGGUUUUUUAUUAGCUUUACCGGCCCGAAAUUAUACUCUGCCUACUCGUCACAGUUGUCUAAGAAAGUUGAAUAUGUGAAAUCUUGGGCAAUGGAUGUAUGGGGAAGCUGCACGCACAAAAAGAUUGCGUCUGGAUUGGCCGCGACGGCCUUUUGGAACCUCACAUCCAUCAGAACCCGAGUAUUUGCUGCGUUCUUGUGCCUUGUGAUACUCCGAUAUCGCAGACAGCAUUCGGAGGCAGAAGUCGAGGAAGAUGCUGCAGAAGCAGAAGGAAAACGAGAAGGAAAACAGGAGCAGCAGCAAAAUGAAAAGGCACUAGUUGCUGUACAAGUCGAAUCCAAGAAGUAAAAAAAUAAUGUAAUCUUUACGUUUUCGAAAAAUUAAAUCUUUGUAGAGAUGUGCGAGAAGUCCGUCUGCUGCUGUUGUUGUACGCGUGUUUAUAUGUAAAAAUGCUGAUAUGUGUGUUCAAUUAUUUUCAGUUCAUUAGCACGCCAACUAUGAGUUACGAUAAUUGUUGUUCUUUGCCCAAAAUGGGAUGUAUAAAACGGGCAUCAAAGCCCGGAAACGGGAGCUUUGAGCCCUGGAGUAGUUUUUUAGGUUUUUUGUUAUUUGAAGUAUUUCAUUA